GCUACGAAAGAUAGGAAGUCGACGACAGAGAAGAAAGGACACGGACUUUACUUAGCAACUCCUGGCCGUCUGGCUGGAGAUUUCGCUACACAUUGUCGAUUCCCUAAAGCGACGGCAGAGCCGACGGUUUCUUUCACUUCCACCCCGGUUAAACCGACAAACGCCCCUCCGCAUCCAGCACGCCGCUCUCUUCAACUCGCGCGCGACGAGCUCCAGUUCCAGGCGAAAAGGGAAAGGGGAGUCCAUGAGUUCGUGUAAAUAGCGUUGCAUCUCGUUCAUCCAGCCCUCCACCCGCGUUGCACUAGUGUCGCGCAGCCGUCGAUGCGGUGUAAUAGGCAGACAUACGGUAUUGUGUACAGGUAGAUAGUCUGUUCGCGGGGAACUUUUGAGAAAGUUGCCCGCGGUGGUUUGCCCAGGCCUUGCGGCGGAGGCUGCAUGUGAGAAGACUAUCCCGGCGUGAUUGACUGACGCGCCGAGAGAAAUGUCGGCCCAGGCGCAGAUGCGGGCGAUGCUCGACCAGCUAAUGGGGACGGGGAGAGACGGAGACACCAUGCGGCAAAGAAUUAAAUUCACAGAUGAGCGGGUCUGCAAGAGUCACCUAUUGGAUUCGUGUCCUCAUGACAUUCUGUCAGGAACAAGAAUGGACCUGGGAGAGUGUGUGAAAGUCCAUGACUUGGCUCUCCGAGCGGACUAUGAGAUUGCCUCCAAGCAGCAGGAGUACUUUUUUGAGCUCGAUGCUGCAGAACAUCUUCAGUCUUUUAUUGCUGACUGCGAUCGCAGAACUGAACUGGCAAAGAAGAGACUAGCUGAGACGCAGGAUGAGAUCAGUGCGGAAGUGGCCGCCAAGGCUGAGCGUGUCCAUGAGCUGAACGAGGAGAUUGGGAAGCUGCUGGCGCGGGCAGAGCAGCUAGGGGGAGAGGGUAAUGUGGACGAAGCACAGCAAGUGCUGGAGAAGGUGGAGAAGACUCGUGCCAUGAAGAAAGAGGCAGAAGAUGUCUACCGAAACUCGAUGCCAGCCUCUAGCUUCCAGCAGCAGAAGUUGCGGGUGUGUGAAGUAUGUUCCGCCUACCUGGGUCUUCAUGACAAUGACCGUCGCCUAGCUGACCACUUUGGGGGUAAACUGCACUUGGGAUUCAUUGAAAUUCGGGAGAAACUCGAGAAGCUAAGGAAAGCAGUUGUCGAGAAACAGGAAAGAAUGCGUAUGAGAAGACGGGAGGAACGCGACCGAGAGGAGGAACGGGAGAGAGAGUGGGAGAUGGAGCGGGAACGGGAGAGGGAACGAGAGCGUGAAAGACAGCGGGAAUGGGAAAGGGAACGAGAAAGGGAGAGGGACCGAAGGAGGUCAAGGUCUAGAAGUGGAGAUCGAUACAGGGAUGGAGGCAGUUCAUCUUCUCAUCGUUCAAGACGUGGGCACCGCUCCUCUCAUUCUAGAGAAGAGGGAGGAGAAAGGGACCGGGACAGGGAGAGGAAACAUCGACACAAGGACAGGCACCGCUCACGCUCCCACUCCCACAGGACUAAGAGGAAGAGGUCCUCGAGAGACAGAUCAUCAAACACCCGCGACAGAGAUGGCUCCCUCUCUCAGGAGGGAUGGAGAGAGUAUGGUGGAGAGGGACGGCGGGAGGAGAGGGCUGAGUUAGAGGACAAGGAGAGAUCCAUCUCCCCCGAGAUGGUCAGGGGUAACGAGCGAGAGCGAUCCUUGUCGUACGAGAGGGAUAGACGCUCCAGCUCCGAAGAGAGGGAGUCAGGGGAGAUAUGAGCGAGGGGAGGGCAUCUCAAAAUGUGGAUUUGAAUAUAUUGUUCAGUUAAAGGAGUUGGUGUGGAUGCGUGUGUGUCAGAACUGUGCAUGUGUUUAUGUUUGGGGGGGGGGGGCUUUUAACUGGGGGCAGUGGGUUGAUCACUUGUAACUAAACAUUGAGAGGUAUUGAGAGGGACCUCAAAUGAGGCGCCCAAGGUCACAUGUAAAGAAAGUCUGAAUGACUUCGUAUUGCUGGAAAUAAAAAGAACUAGAAACGCUCAAGUGACCAGGAAACUGUACUUUUAUCUUCAUGCGAUCUCAGUACAAUUGAUUUAAACGAUGGCGGGGGGGGGUUGAAGAAAUGGUUGAUCUUUGUUUUUAUUUUACUUUGGGGGAAUAGCUUUUCUUUUUUACUAUUAGGAUGACCUUCAAUACUAAGGUUUUUUUUUUCCCUUGCAUUCCAUCGGAAAUCUGAUGUCACUCAUGAAACUUGUCCGCUGUGGACUUAUUUACACACAUGAAAGGUAGACUCAUUGACGUUACAUAACACCUUGAAUCCAGGGUCAUUUCUGAAUCGAGUUGUUUGUGAAUAACUGAAGGCACUUUUGAUGUUUCUGUUUUAUUGUCUUGCCUUCUGCUCUUAUUCUGAUCUUGAAGGAGAGGUCUGACCUGUUUAUAGAAAUCUGCCAAACAUCCUUGAGUCUGUCCUUUCAUUGAAGACACAGUGAUGUACGUGUCCUGUGGGAGCAAUCCCCCAAGUCUUUUGUCUCAAUACCUGACCCGACAGCAAAUGCAUAUUGCUGUCUGGUAUUGCACUUGCAUAUUUGGUACUGGUGCUUUAACUGAGGCCCAUUGAACGCUUGUCUUUUUUUUCUUCUUUUUUUCUUUCUUUUUCUUUUUCUUUUCUUUUUUUUUUUUUUGCUGUGAUACACGUUGGGUGUAUUGGCAGAUCUGUAUUUGCUGUGCCAUCUGUACAAUAAAAUGAAUAAAUCCCUGCUU